AUGAACGUCAACGUGGAGGAUUUGUUGGCCGAUGAAGAGUUUUAUGAUUUGAUCAAUUACUACAAUAAUCAUCAUGGUAAUCAUCAGGCUAAUGGUACAUCAAAUGCUCAUCAUGGGAAUGGUGUUGGUGCUGGAUCGUAUUUUACAAAUAGUGCUCCAUCUUCACCAUUUCUGCAGAAUUCUUCUCCGAUGGUGGUUGCUUCAUCAUCAAAUAAUGCUUCAGCACAAUCAGCAAGUCAUCAUCAGCAAUUGACUACAACAGCAAGUAAUUCUCAAAAUGUGAUUGAUGUGGUCAUUCAGACUGCUAUCGAUGAUCAGUUUCUUCAACAAUGGUCAAAUUAUGAUUUAAAGAAGGAAGAUGAAAUGUAUGAAAAGUACAAUGUUGCACUCAAAAUUACAAAUAAUACCAAUAAGGAGACACCUCCUCUCCUAUUGAAUUGUAGACAUGAGAUUCAUGAUAAAGGAAAUAUUUGCGAAAUGUUAAACAGGAAAAACAAAGUUAAUGGAUAUUAUUUGGACUUUUUAUUAUUCGAAGGAAAACAUUUCACUUUAAAACCAAACGAGGAGAGAAUUAUUCUAACUUCAAUUUCUAGACCUUCCAGAACAAUGGUUUCUCACGGCAAAUAUUAUAUUCAAUUUUUUGUUAUUACGAGUGGAGAUUUUCAAUCCCUCUGUCAAACUCAACAAGUUAAAGUAUUGACAAGCAAGAAUAAGAAUAAUAGAACAAAGAAAGUUUCACUAGAUCCAACAAAACAAGACAUUAGUGUGAAAAAUCUAGUUCCGAAAGAGUGGCAAUCAUUGCAAACUUCUCAUCAAGUAUUCGAAUCAUGUUUCUGGGAGGAUAUUGAUUUAACUGGAGAGAAAAUGAAGUACACUCCUCCUGCCACAGUCGUCACCAGCUCUUCAAACAACAAGACAGUCAUUUCCCAUUCACCAACCACAACAGCCACCACCACAACAAAUACACCUCCAAAUAAUAACAUCAUCCAACAACAAUUACCAGCCAUUAACAAUGAAAUUCCACCAUCUCCUCCAUUCUUCAAAUCUUCACCUUCUCCUGGUUAUGGAGAACAAGAAGUCUACAUUCAAAACUUUAUUCCGAUUAAUACUCAUAUUUCCAUCAUCAAAAUAUUCCAAAAACAAUUGGAUUUCUACAAACAACAAAUGGAAAUUCUCUUAACUGAGCUUAAGAGACACGACAAGAGAAUGGCAGAAACAUUGUACAGACAAUAUGCAACCAUUUUGAAGAGAGAUUUGGUUUCAAACUCUCCAUGGGAAGAGGAAUCUAGUAAUUUACCUUCUGAGGAAGAUUUGGAAGAUAUGUUUACUAAAAUGAAAAUUAUUAAGGAACAAGUUGAACAAAGUAUUAAUGAUUCCAAAAAACCACCAUGCUCACCAGUCUCACAUCAUUCAUAUGGAACACCUUCCCCUUCAUAUCACAGUGUUGAAAAUUCAAACUUUUCGCUUUAUAAUCCAAGAGAUUAUGACUUUUCAUUCGAGGAUGAUGUUACCAUUCCAGACUUUUCUGAAGUCAAGUGUGGUUCUGUGUUCUUAAAAACAUGGAAAAUAUCAAAUUGUGGAUUGACAAUCCCUUCUGGAACGAGAAUAGUUGUAAAAUCAGAUAAGGAAACUCCAUUAGAGUAUGGUGAAAUUCUUCUUCCACUUGCCAACACCGAUGAAAAUAGAGUAUUGACAGAGCAAGAGUUGCCACAUUACGGAGAAACAAAGAAUGUUUCCAUCUCAAUUAAGGCACCACCAAUUGAGGCUCUUUUCAGAAGAGAAUAUUGUCUUCAACUUCCAAACGGAAUUGAGUUUGGUGACAAUCUCGUUGUAAUUUUCAAAACUGUAAAGUAA